UUUCAACCCUUUUUUCUUAACAUUGAUCGUCAUUAAAAAAAAUGAAUUAUGAAAAUGAUAGAAAAGAGACAAGAUCAUUAAAUUUAUUAAAGAAUAUUAAAAAAAUUUUUAGCUUCGUUGGACCAGGAUAUGUUAUUGCAGUUGGAUAUCUUGAUCCAGGAAAUUGGGCGACAGAUUUAUCAGCAGGAUCACAAUUUGGAUAUAAAUUAUUAUUCGUAUUAUUUUUUUCGAAUAUAAUGACAAUUAUGUUACAAUUAUUAUCAAUUAAAUUGGGAUUAGUAGCAGGAUUAGAUUUAGCGCAAGCAUGUAAAGCAUUUUGGCCCAAAUAUAUAAAUUAUAUGCUUUACGUAUUAUGUGAAUUAGCAAUAAUAUCAUAUGAUUUAUCUGAUGUAAUCGGAAGUGCGAUGGGAUUAAAAUUAUUAUUUUCUAUACCAUUACCAUGGGGAGUAGCAAUAACAACGAUAAAUGUAAUGAUUUUAUUACUUUUUUAUCGUAGAGAGGAUAUGAGAGGAGCAAGAAUAUUAGAAUCAAUGGUAAUGAUAUUAAUUGGAGUUGUAGGAAUUUGUUUUAUAAUAGGAUUGAUUUAUUCAAAACCUGAUGGAAAAGAAGUUUUAAAAGGAUUUUUACCAAAUAUAGAAAUUUUUACCAAUUCAUCAGAAUUAUAUAUUACUAUUGGUAUAAUUGGAGCAACGAUUAUGCCACAAAACUUAUAUUUACAUUCAUAUUUUGUAAAAGCAAGAAAAAAUUUACAUUCAAAAGAUAAGGAAAAGGAUAAAGUAAAAUUGAUUAAAAAUUUGAUUAAAUUAUCGGUAAAAGAUUUAAUUAUAGCAAUAAUAAUAGCAUUAUUUAUUAAUGCAUCGAUAUUAAUAGUAUCAGCAGCUUAUAAUAAUUAUAAAGUAGUAGCAAAUUUCUCUGAUACAUAUGAAUUAUUAAAAAGUUUUUUAGGAAAAGUGGCAGCGACAAUAUUUGCUUUAGCAUUAUUAUUAUCAGGACAAAGUUCAACAAUGACCACUACAGUGGCAGGACAAAUUAUUAUGGAAGGAUUUAUUGGAAUAGGAUUAACACCAUGGAUAAGAAGUUUAAUGACUCGCAGUUUUGCUAUUUUACCAGCAAUGAUAAUCGCCAUAAUUAAAGGAGAUAAUGGAUUAAAUCAACUUUUAAUAGCGACUCAAGUUAUUUUAAGUAUUUAUUUACCUUUUGCUAUUAUACCUUUAACAUAUUUUACAAGUAUAAAAAAAGUGAUGAGAAUUGAUAUUACAGAUGAAGCAAUUAAUGAAGAAGGAGAAGGAGAAGGAGGAGAAAAAGGUGGAAAAGAAGUAGAUUUUGAUGAAAAAUAUUUUUAUGAUUUUUCUAAUUCAAUUUAUUUAAUAAUUAUAUCAUGUAUAAUUUGUAUUAUACUUUUAAUUUUAAAUAUAUAUUUGAUUUAUUAUAUUAUAAUUGAUUAUGGAAAUGUAAGUAAAUAAAAAAAAAAAUAGAAAUUUUUAAUAAAAUAUAAAAUACAUUUUUAAUAUAA